UGCAUUCACAGUAUGUUUUGACAAAUGAAAUAACUACACAGGAUUCCUUAACACCAAAAGAAAAGAGAAUUCUAUUAUUAUACGUUUAUUUUUCACACCAGACAAGCAGAAUGAUUAAAGUUCUUUUGGCUUUGCUCUCUUUGACUUCUGUAGCAUACGGUACAAUUUCUGACCAGUGUUUGAGAUGUAUUUGUAAGGCUGAAUCAGGCUGUCAACCUAUUGGCUGUAGGCUUGACGUCUACUCAGACUCCUGUGGAUUUUUUCAAAUCAAAGAGGCUUACUGGAAAGACUGCGGUCGACCUGGAAUUGGAUGGAAAGAAUGUUCUAAAGAUUACAGCUGUGCCGCUGGUUGCGUUCGUACCUACAUGAACCGUUACAUUGGUUACAGUGGUUGUCCUGCCAACUGCGAGAGUUUUGCGAGAAUCCACAACGGCGGACCAAAGGGAUGUACAUAUGAUUGUACCAAACAAUACUGGAAGCGUGUUCAACAACAAGGAUGUACUAUGUACAGCUAAAGGCUUUGUUAUUUUCUGUUCAUUAGCGUUGCAUGUGUCAUGAAAUAUGUACAUAUGAAAAAUCUAAAUACGUAUAAAUAAAAGUGUGCCAUACUUAAAGAAACUUAUGAAAUAUGAAUAAAAACGUGUCUGUAAUGUUUGGUGCCUAUUUACUUUACCUUCACGUUUACUUUACUUUUUUACUUUACCUUCACGUUUACUUUACUUUUUUACU